ACUCCAUGUAUAGUGUAUCUAAUUCCAAGCCAAUUUUCCCUCCACGGCACACGCUUCCCCUCUCCAAUGGCGAAAAAGAACAAGACGACCAAGCAGCAGCAAAAGCUAACCAAGAAACAGCCACCGCAGCCGGCCACCAAAAUCGACAAGAAGAAGAAGAAGACGACCCCGAAGAAGAAGAAGCUCCCAAAGAAGCAGACCCCGUACGAUUCCGACUCGGACUCCGACUCACUCGACGCCGACGAUUCCGACGACAUCCAGAGCCUCCUCGAGCCCUACACCAAGGACCAGCUCAUCGACCUCGUCAUCUCCGCAGCCCUGGACGACCCCGAACUCCUCGGCCGCAUCCACGCCGCGGCCGACGCCGACGUCACCCACCGCAAGAUCUUCGUGUUCGGCCUCGGCUGGGACACCACCCGCGAGGCCCUGGCCCUGGCCUUCCAGCCCCACGGCGACAUCGACGAGUGCAACGUCAUCACCGAUCGCAACACGGGCAAGGCCAAGGGCUACGGCUUUGUCCUUUUUAAAACGAGGCAGGGCGCGAUUAGGGCUUUGAAGGAGCCGAAGAAGGUGGUAGGGAACAAAACGGCGUCGUGCCAGUUGGCCUCGGCUGGGCCAGCGCCGGGGGCGGGGGCGGGGCAUGACGCGGGGGGGAGGAAGAUCUACGUGAGUGGCGUGCCGGCCGAGGCCGGUGCAGAGAAACUGAAGAUGUUUUUCGCGAAAUUCGGCGAGAUUGAGGAGGGGCCGAUAGGGUUCGACACGCACACGGGGAAAUCGCGUGGUUUUGCUCUGUUUGUGUAUAAAACCCUAGAAGGGGCCAAGAAGGCACUUUCAGAGCCCUACAAGUUGUUCGAGGGGAGCCAGUUGCAGUGCCAGAAGGCCGCCGACGGGAAGAACAAGGCUGUGGCUGCGGCACCUGCGGCACCGGUGUUGGCGGCCGCGCCGCAGAACGUGGCGUUGUUUGGUCAGAAUCCUUAUUUGAACCCUAGUUUUAACCCUAAUUUGGGUUUUGGUUUGGGUUUAUUUAGUCAGAACCCUAGUUUUAACCCUAGUUUGGGGUUGUAUGGUCAGUAUCCUAGUUUGGCGAUGGGUAUGGGGGGUUAUGGAGGGAUAGGGUCUAGUGGCCCAGUGCAGAUGGGUAAUUUUGGUGGGGGUCAGCAGUCUGUGCUGGGUGCGUAUGGGUCCGGUGGCCCAAUGCAGAUGGGUAUGCAGUAUGCCUACCCAAGCUCACAAAUCGGACAGGCGUCGUCGACAUUGCCUGCGAAAACUCCCGGGGCUGGUGGGUCUUUCAGCAGGUACCCAUCGUAGUUGUGUAAUUUGUAUCGUCUCUGCUCUUUUGGAAUUUGAAGGGUAUUCUUAUAUUUGAAUGCUUGUGGUUUUUGUCCCCAUUUUUGGUCUAUAUACACUUAUGCUACGGCAAAUUUGUGAUUUUUUGUAUCCUGCUAUUAAGGAGCCACCCUUGAGUUGCGCUCUUAAGAUCAGACGCUUGGUGGCGUAAUAGUUUUUUUCCCCUGAAUUUGUUUGCUUAUAUGUAGAGGCUAGAGCAUAUUCUAUGUAGAAUGAACCAGUUUGAAAUGCAUAGUUUGGAGGAUAUUCUUAUAUUUGAAAUGCAUAGUUUCAUAUACUAUUUAUGACAGCAAAAUGCCUCGUCUCUUCAAUCAAUGAGUGAGUUCAUUAGUCCUUAAAAUGCUUUCCUCCACAUCACGUAUUUCUCCUGUGCAUUGCUACCUUACAAACUUUUGUUUUUUGCUUUUGUUUUGUGACUUCAGCUAGAGACUUUGAUUUCCCUUGUAGUGAGUAUUGUUUUUUGUUUGUUUGAGUUGAAUGAUGCCAAGAUCAAAUGUACAUUAUCAGUAUAUUUAUUUUUCUCAAGUAUCGCAGCUAUCAAUGCAAGCCCAUAUUUCCAACCUAUCAUU